AUGAAUACUGCAUCGUCAUCCUCAAAUGCUGCACAGUCUAGUGCUUCCACUGCGAGUAAUCCAUCUAAGUCGCUCAAGACAUUUGGUGAAAAUAUCUGGAAAACAAAAACAGCUAAGGUAAAUGCUGAAUUGUUCACACUUACAUAUGGUUCUAUCGUCUCACAGCUGACAAAUGACUAUCAGAGAGACUAUGCAAAGAUUAAUAAUCAAUUAUAUGCAAUGGGCAUAUCAAUAGGCACUAGGCUGAUAGAAGAUUUUGUAGCCAGGACAGCUUUACCACGAUGCGAGAAUAUGGUUCAAACUAGUGAAGUUAUUAGUAAAGUCGCAUUUGUAGUAUUCUUGAAUAUCAAUCCGCAGGUGACGAAUUGGAGUAAUAAUAAAGAUGCAUUUUCCCUGAUCCUGGACGAGAAUCCUUUGUCCGAUUUUGUUGAAUUACCUAUAGAUGCUAUGAAGGACUUAUGGUACUCAAAUAUAUUAUGUGGUGUUCUGAAGGGUGCACUGGAAAUGGUCCAGUUAGAUUGUAAAGUUUGGUUUGUAAGUGAUAUUCUACGGGGUGAUCCACACACUGAAUUACGCGUCAAAUUGAAUAGAGUUCUAAAGGAUGAAAUACCUGCAGGCGAAGAUUAG